AGGAAGUUCCUCUUCAGACCGGAAGUCCACGUCAGUGCUGGACUGAAAGGAUUUCAUUAAAAACCUUGGGUAGCUAAACCCGGUUCUGAUCCAUUAUGACGGAUGAGGCCACGCGCCGAACGGUAUCUCAGAUUCCUUUGCUGAAGACGCACGCGGGCCCUCGCGAUCGCGCCCUGUGGCCGCAGCGGCUGAAGGAGGAGUACCAGGCGCUCAUUCGGUUCGUGGAGCAGAACAAGGCCGCUGACAACGACUGGUUUCGCCUCGAGUCCAACGCGGAUGGAACGCGUUGGACCGGCACGUGCUGGUUCAUUCACGAGCUGCUACGCUACGAGUUCCAUCUUGAGUUCGAUAUUCCGGUGACUUACCCGGACACCGCGCCUGAGGUCGCAGUCCCGGAAUUGGACGGGAAAACUUCUAAGAUGUACCGAGGCGGGAAGAUCUGCCUAACUGAACACUUCGCACCGCUAUGGGCCCGAAACGCACCGCGCUUCGGCCUGGCGCAUCUCAUGGCACUGGGACUAGGACCGUGGCUUGCCGUGGAGGUGCCGGAUCUGAUCAGCAAAGGUCUCGUGGUCCACAAGGAGCGGCAGCGCGAGGCGUCGGAGUGACGUCAGCAUGAAGGAGGCAAGAACUCCUCCAUCAGUCUGGGAACUAAACCUUAAGCUCCCUGGUGUGUUGAAGGAGCUGAAGGCAGCUCUGUUGUAGGUGUGUGUGAAUGAGAAACCAUGUUAAAGCACUUUGAACAAUAAUGAACUAGUAUAGAGUUUUAUAAAAAAAACGGGUCUACGACUUAAACAUAAAAAACAAGCAUUACAAUGAAAUACUAACAUUAAAAAUAAAUACUCUUUUGAUGUUGA